GUUGCCGGUGGUAAACGUGCCACGUUGCUAGGAAGGGAGAGUCAUGAACUUGCCGGAGGCCGUCGUCCUUCAGCCAUCAACUACACCCUUAACUCUAUGAGGUCCGGGGCCCUUCCUCUGUGUCUGUAGGACUUUCUUUCCUGCCCCAGCGACAUGAGGCUCUGCUUGUGGAACUCGGUCCUGACGCUGCUGGUCACGUCUCUGAGCGGGGCGCUGAUCCCCGAGCCCGAAGUGAAGAUCGAGGUGCUCCAGAGGCCGUUCAUCUGCCAUCGCAAGACCAAAGGGGGGGACUUGAUGCUGGUCCACUACGAGGGCUACUUGGAAAAGGAUGGCUCCUUAUUUCACUCCACCCACAAACAUAACAAUGGUCAGCCCAUUUGGUUUACCCUGGGCAUCCUGGAGGCUCUCAAAGGUUGGGACCAGGGCUUGAAGGGAAUGUGUGUGGGAGAAAAGAGAAAGCUCGUCAUUCCUCCUGCCCUGGGCUACGGGAAAGAAGGAAAAGGUAAAAUACCCCCAGAGAGCACACUGAUAUUUAACAUCGACCUCCUGGAGAUUCGAAAUGGACCAAGAUCCCAUGAAUCAUUCCAAGAAAUGGAUCUUAAUGACGACUGGAAACUCUCCAAAGAUGAGGUUAAGGUGUAUUUGAAGAAGGAGUUUGAAAAGCACGGUGCGGUGGUGAAUGAAAGUCAUCACGAUGUUUUGGUGGAAGAUAUUUUUGAUAAAGAAGAUGAAGACAAGGAUGGAUUUAUAUCUGCCAGAGAGUUUACAUAUAAACAUGACGAGUUAUAGAGAUGCAUCUUCCCUUUUUAUAUAGCAGCCAUCUUUAAAGAGUGGGCAGCUGUCUUUUAAAGAAAGUCUUAUUUUUUAACAUUGUUUUAUUCUGUUCUUGCUUUGUUUUUUAAAUUUUUUUAUAUAUUUUUUUCUGAAUAUUAUUUAAAGAACCCCUUAGGGUUUCUAAGUGCCCAUUUCUUUCUGGUGAAUUACUGGGAAGAAAAAAUGUUUUUUAUCUUUGAAUAAGGAGAAUUCUGGACCAUUUUCUACUUUCACCUAUAAAGUCUUACUUGUAACUUUAAAAUAUUACAAUGGGGACCUUGCCCAACGUAAGAGCAAGUAUAUCACAAAACAGCACCCUCUGUUUCUGCUUCCCCCCAUUUUCACUAAGUUAGAUCCUGACAUUUGCAAAGCCCUUUGCAAUAACCCCAAGCUUACUGUUUUCAUGUUAUAAUGAAAGUGUUAUCUGCCUUUGAUUCUCUGCUUGAAGCAACAGGAAGAUGGUUGUUGAACUUGUUAACAGUUACUGCUUCACUGAGGAGAUGUGCAAUGCUGAAGUGAUUGACAAAGUUAAUGACUUGUAAGUGUGUAUACAUUGAACAUUCUGUCCAGGACUUAAGCUAUAGUAUAAGGCUUGGUUCCUGAUUGCUACUGACUUGUCAUGAUAAAUAGAACCAAUUAUUUAUGUUUCUUCCUAAUAAAAUGUGUCAAAAUAUUGUAGAUGAGGUAGAAAGUUAUAUUUAGUCUGUGUUUACUUUUUAAGGCUAACCAAUUAUCCUUCCUGGUUUUUAAAUUAAUAGUCUAUAACUAGUAUAUUAUACUAUAGUAACAUUAUAUCAUGAUUAGUUAACCAAUCAAAAUUUUCCCAUUUCUGCCCCAUCAGGAAAUAAAGGCAGACACACAGUAGCUGCUAUUGAAUAAGGUCAAAGGUUUGAUAAUUUUAUUAUGUUUUCUUCAAUUGGCUUUUAUCCUCAAUAGUUUAAAAAGUGUCCAAUUCCCCAUUUACUAAGAAUAGUCUUUAGCCCUGGCCCGUGUGGCUCAGUUGGUUGGGUGUCAUCCUCUGCACCAAGAGGUCACUGGUUUGAUUCCCCAUCAGGGGACAUGCUUGAGUUGUGGGCUUGAUCCCCAGUAGGGGGCAUGCAGGAGGCAGCCCGCUGAUGUUUCUCAUUGAUCAAUGUCUCACUCUCUUCCUUCCUAUCUCUCUAAAAAAGUCAAUAAAACAUUUGUAUUAUUUACAAAGUGAUCUCAA